CCUACUCCUUGUUGUGGUCUUCUACUAGGCAAUAAUGGCGGAAUCUUCGGUGAAAGUCAACCUGAUCCCGAUCGAAGCAACAUCUGAAAGCUUUGCAGAUUAUGGCCAAGUCAUCGAGGCUUCCUCAGACGGUGAUCAGUUCGGUCCUAACGAUGCUCAAUUAGAUAUCUCCAGAGGAAUCCCACGUUUCUAUAUCAUGCAGCUCCAAGGUCGAUCUUUCUGCUUCUCCUCGAUCGCUCACCACGCAAACGUGACACAAUGUCUAGGAUCAAUAGGAGGUCAUGUUUGGUAUCUUGGAGUAGCUAAAUCAUCUCUUAUUGAAGAUGUUGAUAGAGAAAGAGUUGUUGGAGAUAAUGUAGAAUCUGGUUCCGAUGGUCACUUGUACGCGCCUCCUGCGGUUGAAGAGGUGCGCGUCUUCAGGUUUUCCGGACCAAAGUUUGUUAAACUGAACCGUGGCACGUGGCAUGCUGGACCGUUGUUCAGUGAGAGUUCCAUGGACUUUUACAAUUUAGAGCUGAGUAACACAUAUGAGGUGGAUCAUACGACACAUGAUUUCGAGAAGAAGAAUGGGGUCAUCUUCAGGUUUGACUGAGCACAUCGUCCUAAGUCAAAAUCCUCUAUAAGAUCAGUGUGGUUCAGUUUUUUUUUCAUGUCUUGUAAGCAAAUAGAAUGAUAAAUGUUUUCUUGUAUUCAAUGUGCCCCAAAACUGUCUGUGUACAACUUGUAACUUCUCUAAAUCUGUUCAAAUAUUUGUAUUUGCAUUUUGGUCUUUACAAUUAAAUAUUAU